AUGGAGAAAUUUGAACUUUUACAUAAUGUUAAUGAAAAUGGGCCGAGAGGAGGAAAAUGUGGGCAUGGGUCGGGCGGCUGCUGGCUGUUCACCUGCAAGAUAGGUCCUCAGGGAAGCCGUCCGAUCACGGUCGAGGUGAUCGAACACCUGGAGCGCUUGGCGCUGGUGGAUUUUGGCAGCCGCAAGGCUGUGGCGCAGCUGGAGAAAGCCAUCGCCUUUGCCAACCGGCUCCACGCAGUGCACACAGACGGCGUGGAGCCCAUGGAGUCGGUACUGGAGGACAGGUGCCUGUACCUGAGAUCUGAUGAUGUAAAAGAAGGCAACUGUGUUGAAAAACUACUUCAGAACUUUCACCGGGUCGUGGAGGAGUAUUUCGUGGCCCUUCCAGGUAAUAUCUCGCUGGCAAAGCUGGAAGAUAAAGAGCCCUCUCAAGGCCACAAAGGGAGUAACCUUUAA